CUUUCGACAUCGCGGCGUCAUCAAAGUGCGCUGUCUGGUCGAAAGCGGUGAGCUGGCUCUCUGUGCAGCAGGUGGAUUCUGUCAUUUUUAUUUUACCCUCCUCUGUCCCAUAAUCCUCUGCACCAUGACCAAGCUUCUGGAGUGGGUCUUUGGAGUGUCGUUGAUUGGCAUCGCAUGGGGACUUGUUACCUUUGACCUCCUUGAUUUACAGCUACCUCCACGGUAUAAAGAAGUGGCCUGGCCGAUGCCCAUCUAUCUGCUGGUGGUGUUCGGGUGUUAUUCACUGGCGACUGUGGGUUACCGUGUAGCCACAUUUAAUGACUGUGAGGACGCAGCCCAGGAGCUGCAGGCACAGAUAAAACAAGCCAAAGACGACUUGAAAAAGAAAGGACUGAAAAUGUGAAGUGUUCGCAUACAUGCACUGUGUUUCUUAUAUGAACUUACAUGGACAUUUAGACAUGUUUUUCGUAUCAUCUUCAUAUACAAGUGCAAACGAAGUCUGAUGUUACCAUUUUUACCUGAUUGGGUCGUGCCUAUUAAUUCUUUUGAAACCCGGUCUGUAAUACACCCUCUGAAGCUGCAGUUGUCCAGUUUCAUGUGCAAAAUAAUCCUUUAAGCUGUCCAACUGAGUUCAUGUUAUUCCAACAUGAUGUAAAAGAUGGUUGAAUGUUUGCAAUGUAAAUUCCCAAAGCUGUGAAAUCUGCUCCACACCUGUGAAUGAUCUAUUUCCAGCGCAAAGUUCAUUUACAAUGUUACAGAGAGAUGUACGUAUUGUCAACGGAGGACAGUGCUAUUUCUGUACAACCACCAGAAUGUGUGUAUUUGCUUUGGCUGGGGAAUGAACGUGUAUUUUUUGACCCAGUUUUUUUUAGCAGUCAAAUGUCCCCUCAGACUUCGAAACAAAUCCACUACUAAGAAUUGCACUUGAGAAUGUUUGUCUAAAUAUAUUUACAGACAGAAUUUUGAAUAUUAAAAUAGUGUUAAAUUGCAUAUAUUAUCUGAACAUAGUUGUUGAUGUAAAUCUUUAAAGGGAUAGUUCACCCCAAAAUGAAAAUUCUGUCAUUUACUUACCCCCUUGUCAUUUCAAACCCGUAGGACUUUCUUUUUUCUGCAGAACACAAAAUAAGAUAUUUUGGAGAAAGUUAGUAACCAAACAGAGCCGGCACAUAUUCACUUCUAUUGUAUGGACACAAAACCAAUGCAAGUGAAUGAGUCCCGGUUAACCGCAUUCUUCAAAAUAUCUUCUCUUGUGUUCUGCGGAAGAAAGAAAGUCAUACCCUCGUCAUUUCAAACCUGUGAGUAAAUGACAGAAUUUUCACUUUUGGGUGAACUAUCCCUUUAAGUUCUGUUUAUAAAGACAAUUUUAUUUUGCAUUUCACACAACACAUUUGAGACUUUGUGUACAGAACGCUUGUCAUUGAUACAAAAUGCAGACCAUAACACUUUUUUGGUCCUCAGUCGUGUGUUUACUUGAUGCUCUCCCUGUUUUACAUUAGAUCUAGCAUUGGGGUUUUUCCCAACAGCGUGUGAAUGAAAACUACUGUUGGUUUUGCCGAAUUUUUUUGCCACGGAAAUUGAGUUAUAAUUCUGAAAUAUGAUCCACGCCCAUGUGUUGGCUCUUAAAACACUAAUCCUAAACCCACUAAGUGCACAUGGGCGCUCAAUAUAGUUCAAAAUUAAUCUGAUGUUUUUGGAAAGCAAAGCUUAUUCAUUCUCUCCAGGCUUUAAGUAGGCUUCUGGAGGCUUGGAGUGUUUCAGGUCCCUUUUACCCCCUGUUGACAGGCCUAUAAAGAUCUUUUAAAAAAAGGAACGUCCUACACUUUUCUCAUAUAAAGAAGCUCCACCCCAGUGCUGAUUGGCUACUGUUCAAAGUGCUGUGAUGUCACCCCCCCAUAGCCUCCCGCAAGCUGUUAACACAUGAGAAAGCAGCCUCAGCAUUUUACUCAAUUGAAACCACACGAUAAUUAAUGUUAGCUUACUAAAACACUUUAAUUGUUGGUUAAACAUGACAUUUUUCAGAACAGUUUGCAUUUAUUUAAUAUCGAAUGCAAUGUUUUUUUAAAUGGGCGAUACACUUUUUUUUUGUGUCCAUUGUCAAUGGGUACCGCCGUUGUUUGGUUACCAACAUUCUUCAAAAUAUCUUCUAUUGUGUUCUGCAGAAGAAAGAAAGUCAUGCAGGAUUGAAUUGACAAGAGGUUGAGUAAAUGAUGACAGAAUUUUCAUUUUUGGGUGAACUAUACAGUAUCAUUAAAACAGUAGAAAGUGUAUAUAGUCUGUCUGUCUUUCGGGACUAGUUUGUUUUAAUGGUGGGUUCGAUGGUCGAUCGUCCUACAUAAAUGCCUCUAUCAGUUAUAAAAUGACAAAACGUUGGUAUAUUGUGUAUCCUGUAUUAAUUACAUCUGGAAGUCUCCACUAUUUAACCAGUUUGUUUUAAACAGGACGACAUAGAUAGGCACACUUGUCCUAGUUGACCUGUUUCACUGCUGCCUUUAGGGUGGCCAUCACAUUUAUGAAAUGUAAAACAGGUCAUAUGUCAAGAGAUCUUCAUGCUCCAAACUUCACAUUUGUCUGUUAUGCAAUGUAAUGCGUCGCCUGCUCUGUUAUUGUUGGGUGAAUGAACUGCAUGUGCUUCAUUUCGAUGGAAUAUGACAAUAAAUCAAACCUACAGUGGCCUCAAAAAGCGUUGGACACUGGAAGUCACACGAAUGUAUGGAUGUCAUUACAUCAGAUUACAACGUUAGAAACCAUGUGGCAUUUAUUUUAAAGACAAAUAUUUCAGGAUUGUUUGGUUUGAAAUGAUAAAUGGAUUCAAUCUAUUUCACUAAAAUGAAAAAUAUUUGGGGGGGAUUUGUGCUUGUCAAACUCACAAGAUGUCUGCGGUAAGUGUGAUAAAUGACACCUGUGAUUACUCUUCUAGGGCACCUGUGUCAACCUGAUGUGAACUGACUUCAUACAGGCAAUAUUAAAAAUGACAUCAGGACCAGAAUGAAAUGAAUUUUUAUGUCCAAAUUCUUUUUCAGGGCAACCUUUUUUCCAACAAUGACUAUUUUGUCCUCUGUGUAUUUCAAAUUUUAUUAUAAUGCAAACAGAAAACCGUGCACAUGCGUUAAAAUGACAGUAAGUAAAACGAUAUAUUCCAUAAAUGUCUAAAAGUGUAAAAGCAAUGUACUGCCAAAAUGUGAACAAAAUGAAAGUAGCAGCUGCCA